GGAAAAGCCCAGCUCCCACGCGCCCUGGUAAAUCUCCUUCCUUCCAGGGCUAAAGAGCUUGCUUCGGAUGCCAGCCUGCCUGCCCGCGUGCCUUGCCCGGGCUCUCCCCACCCCACAGGCCAGGGAGCGCUGUACCCGUUGAACUUCCGACUGGCAGGACUCUCCAAAGCGCCAGGAGCAGAAGCGGCGUCCGCCUCCCAUCGGCUCCUCCGCCCACAGCCCACGCGGGGCUCCAGCGCGCCGAGAAGCUCGGAGGGCGGCCAGGUGGCUCUUCCGCCUGCGGCUGGCUUUAGGUGGCGUCUGCCUGAUCGCCCAGCUCUUCCUGGGGCGCUUUCCCGAAGCCGGCGGAGGAUGGGCCCGGCCGGGAACAAAUCAGGAAGGAGCAGCCGAAGAGGAGAAAGAGAAAGUAAAGCCUUCCCCGGAGUCACUUCCUUUGCCCCCGCGAGGUCGGCGCCUUGAAAAAAAAAAACUCCAGGAUUGUGGAGGACAUCUCAAUCGGUACAGGAGAAGGAUUUUGUCCGGCUUUUCAACAUGACCCCGUGGAAUCAUGCCUCUUCGGGAUUCUGAUGGCCAAGCCCACCCAUGAAAUUGCCAUUAUGUCAUCCAGGGAGGCUGACCCAGACAUCGGAGCCUUUUUAAUUCGCAUCAACCUGGGACAGUACCUUUUCAACUUUAGGGAAUUUGGCUACCACACGCUGCAAGAGUGCGUGGGAAUAAAUGACAGCGUCCUUCAACACAUGGGAAUAUCGCCAACGGGCCACCGUAGACGAAUCCUCAAACACUUGGAGGUCGCGUUUACCAAAAUGCCGGAAGCGUCUACCUCCGGUCAAAGCUGCUCUCCCAAGCAUCCCCUCGAUCCCAAACAGAAGGAAACAGGUGGCAGGCCGUCUGAUGGACAGUCCCAUGCAUCUUGCGUCAGUAACCUUGAAAGACAUCCACACUACACAACUCACAGAGCUAGUCCAGUUUGGGAUCAGGACUCUUCUGACACGUUUGGUCCAAACCUGUUGGCAGAUCCCGCUGCGGUGCCACGAAACUCGGUGAAAAACUUGACGCCGGAGAAGAAACCUUGCACGGGUGAUGGUUCUCUGAAGAAAGGAGAAGAUCUGGAGGUUCAACUUAAUGCCACUCCCAAAGAUGGACCUCUGUCUUCUGCUUUCUCUCUCGCUGAAAAGGAAACCAGCAAGGUGGAACCUCCGCUCUUAUCAGGGUUGGGAAGUUUGCCCGAUGAUCUGCAGGAGACGCCGUUCUUUGAGUUCAAAGGUCAAAUGGUGGAAAACGAUCUCUACUGCACCCAAAGUCCAUCAAAAGUAUGCGCCAGGCCAACGCGGUCUUUUAUGCUUCGGCACCGUCCCGUUCCAGAAAUCCCAGGUGUUUCCUCGGAGGCAACUUCAAACAGCUCUCUGCACGAACGAAGAAGUGCCAAUGGUUUAAGUAUCCAUUGUUCUGAGGAUUGUGUUCCGGACAACCGAGAACCAGCUGAAGAAAAGGCACCCCCCAUUUCUCCCUAUGGCGAGACCUUCCUUAUGAAUUCUCCUGAAGACAUGGAAACCUACAGCAAGGAACCUUCAGAUGUGUUAGAAAAGGAUAAAGAGAAGAAAAGAACGGCAAACAGAACAAGUAACCAAGAUCAGAAAACCUCUGAGAAUGUAAAACGCUCUCCAGGAGACCAGACUCCCUUUCCGAAGCGAUUUGUCGGGGAAGCUGAAUCCUCUUCACUGAAAGAAUGUUCUCGCUACGCUUGGAGGGGGAAAUAUAAACCCAGCAAGGGCCUCGGAGAAUUCCGAAGUGGGAGCCUGGAUCUCGAUGGGAAAGACCAGCUGUCUCCUUUCCUGGAUGUUUGCGGUGAUGAAUUCGUCCCUGGCUCCAAAGACUCAAUCACACCUUAUGCCUGUUUUUACGCUCCGGCAGCAAAGAAGGUUAAGGAAGGUUGGCUGGAUAAACUCUCCCCACAAGGGAAGCAUGUGUUUCAGAAACGCUGGGUGAAGUUCGAUGGAGAAAGCAUGGCUUAUUAUAGCAACGACAAGGACAUCUACUCCAAGGGCAUCAUCCUUCUUUCCGCGAUAGCGACCGUCCGGAUGCAUGGAGACAGCAAGUUUGAAGUGGUGACAGCACACCGAAUAUUUGUCUUCAGGGCUGAAAAGGAAGAAGAACGGAACAAUUGGGUGACCAUCCUCUUCACUGCUCUGCGGUCCCUCCCGGCAAUUUCUCGAGCACGGACGGCCGUUCCUCCAGAAAAAUGCGGCUACCUGGAAUUGAAAGGCUACAAAACCAAGAUCUUUACCCUGCUGCAAGGGAACAGUGUGUGGAUAUGCAAGAACUACCAGCAACAGGAUAUCACUUUCAUCUUUCUCAAUUUAACUUCUGACAUCAAGAUAUUUUCAGUGAGAAUUACUAGGUGUGAGAGCUGCUUCUUGGAAAGUUUAGGAUUGCAGUUUGACCUCAGCUGUGUUGAACAAUGUUCAGUGUUUGGCGUCUUUGGUUCUUUUGGUGUUGGAUGGUAUUUGCCACCCUAA